AUGGCGAACCCUGCCGUACCCUCCCUUUGUCCCUCCACCGUCCCCCACCGUAGGGCGCACGAGCUGCGCAAGAGCGCGCCAAGCAGGUUGGGCGAGGGGCGGCUUCUGCGCUUGGGGGAAGAGCAGCUGCGCGGAGUGCGUGCGGGGCAGGGGGAAUGCGCGGGGGGUGAGGGCGUGCGGGCGGGGGUCAGCUGGCAGCCAUGCAGCAGCGCGCGCGGUGACGCGGACCCGCCGCUUCUCCGCCUCGCACUGCGCCACUUUACCUCCGCGCGCCCCGCCGCAGCCUACCCCAGCGCCUUCGGCGGAAGCAGCGCCAGCACGGGCGGCUGGGGCGGGUGGCAGCGGCGCGGAGGGCGGGGGCGGGGGAAGCGGGAGCAGGUGGCGUGGCUGGCGGAGAUGGCGCGGCACAACCCUGAGGAGGCGAUCCGCGCGUUUGAGGCGAGGCGCACAGCUGCAGGCCGUGCCAGGCGCGCUGGCGGAGUACGUGCGCGCGCUGGUGGCUGCGCUGCGCGCUCCGCCUCCCCCUUCCCCGCCUCUUCCGCGCCGCUGUCGUCCAUGCGCGCGCCUCUCCCGGGGGCGGUGGGCGCGGUGGCGGUGGAGGGCGCGCUGGGGACGGCGAGCGCGCCGCUGCACAUGGUGGCGAGCGAGGGCGCGCGCGGACACGCGUGGCGCGCGCUCAGGUCGCUGGGCACCGCCGCCCUCGUGCUCGGCGCUCUCUGGGCCAUCGCCCGCGAGCGCGAUGUGGGACGCGGGUUGGGGUUGAACGAGGAGGUGCAGCCGGCAGCGGAGAGUGACACGCGGUUCAGCGAUGUGAAGGGCGUGGAUGAGGCCAAGGCGGAACUAGAGGAGAUCGUGCACUACCUGCGCGACCCCAAGGUGCUGCACUCCCUCUCACUCUCCCCUCCCCUCCUCUGUGCUCCUUGCUAG